AUGGAUCCCACGGUUAUGGAUUCCACGGUAGUAUUCGAAAGCUCGAAUUUUGGGUUGCAGAUUGGGAAUAACUAUGGUCCGAUCAACAAUCCAACGUUUCAUCUCCCAUCAAAUCUCAACGACAAAUUGCCUGUCGCGGAUGGGGCUGCUUUUGGCUCAUAUGCGGAUCAGCAUGAAGAUGAAUGCUUAGACGGCACGAGAACUGAUAUCCUACGUCAAAUCAGAGAAUGGGCUUCUUCUCCUCAGAGGCCAUAUGUGUUCUGGUUGAAUGGAAUGGCUGGCACAGGGAAAUCGACCAUCUCCCGCACGAUCGCAAGAGUAUUUAGGGAUGAUAAGCAACUGGCGACUAGCAUUCCGCGGAUAAUCCCAGCUCUCGAGAAAACAAUUCUUGAUGACCCGGAUAUUGCAGGAAAGACGAUGAGGGACCAAUUUGAAAGGCUCAUCCUUUAUCCACUUCAAAGUCUGAAGGGGUCUGACUUCCCAAUGCAGACUAUGGUGAUAGUGAUUGAUGCACUGGAUGAAUGCGAAGGAGAUAGGGACAUUAAACUCAUACUCCAGCUUCUCUUCCAGCUCCAAAAGUUAGAUUCUGCUCGUCUGCUCGUCUUUUUGACCAGCAGGCCUGAAUUGCCGAUCCGUCUAGGAUUCUCAAAGAUUGCCAACCAUGAUCACAAAGACCUGGUUCUCCAUGAAAUUCCUGAAAAGGCAAUUAAGCAUGAUCUAACACUAUUCUUAAAUUCACGGAUUUCAGAAAUCCGAAAAGAACGACAACCUCCCCUUCCGAAAGACUGGCCUGGAAAUACAAAUUUCGAAAAGCUAGUAGCAUUGUCUUUUCCUUUAUUUAUUUUCGCUGCCACUAUCUGUCGCAUUUUUGAGGACCCAAUUUGGGACCCCAUGGACAGUCUUACCGAAAUCCUUACACAUCAGUAUGACCAAUCGAAGCUAGACCAGACAUAUCUUCCAGUUCUCGAUCGUCUUCUCAACGGAACAUCCGGGAAAUAUCAAGAAAAACUGGUCUCAGAGUUCCAGCAAGUGAUCGGAGCCAUCGUGAUACUAGAGAGUCCACUCUCAGUUAACUCACUCUCAAAGCUUCUAGAGCUUCCUGAGAGCCUAAUACAACUUCGACUGAGCUCACUACACUCUGUGCUAAGAGUGCCAGAAAGCGAAACAGAACCCGUGCGGCUCUUCCACCUGUCGUUUCGGGACUUUAUCCUUGAUCCAGAAACUCGCAAGAAGACCUAUUUUGGGAUGAAUGAGAGAGAUAUACACUAUAGUUAUGGAAUUCAACGUGCCGAAGUUGAUCGCCAGACUAUCAAUAUCUACCUUCCUCCUGAGUUGCAUGCUCUGUUGUUUCUCCUGAGGCAUUUCCUACGGGAAAAAUUUCUCAAUUGGGUGGAAGCAAUGGGUCUACUCAAUCUUACAUCAGAACUACUAGGUGCUCUUGACCAUCUGGAAACGGUUUUAUCGAGCAUCGACUCUUCCCCAACUUUAGAUUUCCUCCACGACGCAAAGCGAUUUAUCCUGAAAAACCGCCAAAUGGUUGACCAAGUGCCUCUUCAAGUUUAUCGUGCGGGACUUGUAUUUGCACCCCGAAUGGCAAUAAUCCGGGAACAGUUCAAAAAUGAGCUUCCCUCUUGGAUAUGCCAGUUACCACGAGUUGAGGAACGUUGGGGCCCAGAACUACAGACCCUGGAGGGGCAUUUAGACAUGGUACAGUCCGUGGCCUUCUCGCCAGACGGCCGGCUACUGGCAUCUGGCUCCGCUGAUUGGAGCGUGCGAUUGUGGGAUCCAGUGACAGGCGUACUACUGGCGAAGCUUCAGCUGGACACACCCAAAGGCCUUAUAGGGAUGAUCGCAGUGACAUUCUCACCAAACAGCCAGCUGUUAGCGUCUGGUUCCUGGGACGCGAAGCUACGGCUCUGGGACCCGGCAACAGGUGUACUACAGCAGACCCUUGAAGCAAAUUCUGGAACUGUGAACUCGGUCGCAUUCUCACCUGAUAGCCGGCUAUUAGCGACUGGUUGUGGGAAUAAAAGGAUACAGCUCUGGGACCUAGCGACAGGCAUGCUACAACAUACGCUUGAAGGCCAUUUGGAUUGGGUUAAUUCAGUGGUUUUUUCGCCUGACAGCCGGCUGCUAGCGUCUGGCUCCAGGGAUAAGACCGUGCGACUGUGGGAUUCGGCGACAGGAGUACUGCAGCAGACUCUUGAGGGCCAUUCGGACUGGGUUUGGUCAGUGACGUUUUCCCCUAACGGCAAGCUACUAGCCUCCGGCUCUAAAGAUAAAACUGUGCGGCUCUGGGAUUCGACGACAGGCGUACUACGGGAAACACUUGAAGGCCAUUUAGGUCAGGUAUUAACGGUGUCCUUCUCACCUAGCGGCAGGCUCCUGGGGUCCGGGUCGAGCGACAAGAGUAUACGACUUUGGGACCCAGCGAAGGGCAUGCUUCAGCAAACGCUUGAAGGUCAUGCUCGAACAGUGAACUCGGUUGCUUUCUCACCCGACGGUCGCCUCUUGGUGUCCGGUUCCUGGGAUCGAACCGUGCGGGUCUGGGACCUGGUGGAGGGCUCGCUACAGCAGAGUAUUGAAGGUCAUUCUGAUAUAGUUUCCUCAAUGGCCUUCUCGCCCGACGGCCGGCAGCUAGCGUCUGCCUCUAAAGAUACGACUGUGCGACUCUGGGACCCGGCAACAGGCGUGGUACAGCAGACGCUAAAAGGCCAUUUAGGUUGGGUUAUAGUAGUGGCGUUCUCGCCAAACGGCAGGUUACUGGCGUCUGGCUCUAAUGAUAUGACUGUGCGAGUUUGGGACUCGAUGAGAGGUGCGCUACAGCACACGCUCACGGGCCAUUCCGAGUUGGUACGUUCUGUUGCUUUCUCGCCCAAUGGCUGGCAGCUAGCGUCUAGCUCUAAUGACAAGACCGUGCGGCUCUGGAAUUUGGGGACAGGCGUACGACAGCAGACUCUCAUAGGCCAUUCUGAUACAGUCUCCUUGGUGACCUUCUCGCCCGACGGCCGGCUUCUAGCGUCCAGCUCCUGGGAUAAAAGCAAGCAGUCAAAGAACUCGAAUUUUGCCUAG